GUCAAGGGUUGAUCUUUCUUUUUGAAAAGGAGACAUCCUGGUCUAUUUUAUUAUCAUUUCAGGUUUCCACUCAGUUUCUUUCUCUCGAUUAAUUGCCAUGAAGAUCUCUGUUCUUCUGAAACAGGGCUUAAAGCUGUAAGCCGGGAGCAUGGACAUCCUCUGUCUUCUGCUUUUCGCAGAAAGCUUGAUCUGGUUCUCGGGCUUCUCGGUCGCAGUUGACACAGUAUAUGCAUCUCAAUCAAUCAGUGAUGGGGAGACACUAGUUUCGAGUGGCGGAACCUUUGAAUUGGGAUUUUUCAGCCCAGGUAAUCUCACGGAUCGGUACUUGGGAAUUUGGUAUAAGAAUGUCCCUGUGCGAACCGUUGUCUGGGUUGCAAACAGAAGCCAGCCAAUCCAUGACUCUUCAGGCACGUUGAUGGUUGUCAGCACAGGCAAUCUGGUCCUCCUCAACCAGAACAGGAGCGUCGUUUGGUCAACUAACUCUACCAAACAGGCCCAAACUCCAGUUUUACAGCUCUUGGAGAGCGGAAAUCUUGUGCUGAGAGAUGAUGGAAAUGACAGUCUGGAUACUUAUUUAUGGCAAAGCUUUGAUUACCCAUCGGACACACUUUUGCCGGGCUUGAAGAUUGGAUGGGAUGCAAAUAGCAGUCUAGAACGGCACUUAACUUCUUGGAAGAGCCCCGAUGACCCGUCUCCUGGAGAUUUCACUUGGGGGAUGGAGAGAAGUAACUACCCUGAGCUCGUAGUAUGGAAGGGAUCGAGUAAGUACGUCAGAAGUGGACCUUGGAAUGGACUCCGUUUCAGCGGCGCACCACAGUCAGGAUCCAAUCCUGUCAUUUCAUACAAGUUCAUAAACAACGGAACUGAGGCGUACCAUACAUUCACUGUGGAGAACAAAUCUGAGCUCGUUAGGCUUGUUGUGAAUCAAACUACCUAUCGAGGGGAACUCUCCACUUGGAAUGAAGAUUCUCAAAGCUGGAUGCUCAUCCUUUCAGUUCCGAAGGACUAUUGUGACAAUUAUGGCCUUUGUGGUGCCUAUAGCAAAUGCUUGACUGAUAAGUUGCCGUAUUGCCAGUGCCUGAAAGGAUUUUCGCCCAAGUAUCCGGACAAGUGGAACUCAAACGAUUGGUCACAAGGAUGUGCCAGGGAUAAGCUUUUGGGUUGCAAUGAUGGCGAUGGAUUUAUUAAACACACUCAGAUGAAAUUGCCAGCUACAACAAAUACUUGGCUGGAUGGCAGCUUAAGCCUCAAGGACUGCAGAAUGAGAUGCUUGAAGAACUGUUCAUGUACAGCUUACUCAAACUCAGAUAUUAGAGGGAAAGGAAGCGGUUGCGUGUUGUGGUUUGGUGAUCUUAUUGAUAUGAGACAGUUUCCAAGUGGCGGCCAAGACAUAUACAUUCGGAUGUCAGCUUCGGAAAUAGGUAUGGACUCUAUGUGGCCACUUAAAAGAUCUUAUCAGGGAACUGGAUGGCUAUACUUCUCUAAUUCCUUUCCGAUCGAGAAGAGAAAGCUGGUCGCCACUGCUGUAGCUUCAGCCAUUUCUGGCUUGCUGUUGCUGGGCAUUACCCUUGGGAUAACUAUCUGGAAGAGAGGAAUGAAAAUAGGAGGCUUGAGGAAUGACAUUGACGUACCGCUUUUCGAUCUUAAUACCAUUACUGUUGCUACUAACAAUUUCUCUCAGAGAAAUUUGAUUGGAGCUGGAGGCUUUGGUUCAGUCUACAAGGGAAAUCUUUCCACAGAUCAAGAAAUAGCGGUGAAAAGGUUGUCAAAGGAUUCUGGGCAAGGACUUGAAGAGUUUAGCAAUGAAGUAGCUUUGAUUGCCAGACUUCAACACAGGAAUCUCGUCAGCCUUCUUGGCUGCUGCAUCGACAGAGGCGAAAGAAUGUUGAUUUACGAAUACAUGCCAAAUAAAAGCUUGAAUAACUUUAUCUUUGAUCACGACAACCGCAUCUUGUUGGCAUGGGAUAGGCGCUUUGAGAUUAUUAUUGGAAUUGCACGUGGAAUUCUUUAUCUCCACCAAGAUUCGAAGCUUCAAGUCGUCCAUAGAGACCUUAAAACAAGCAACAUUUUACUGGAUGCCAACCUGAAUCCCAAGAUUUCCGAUUUCGGAUUAGCAAGAAUUUUUGGAGGUGAUAAAAAAGAAGCAAGAACAAGAAGAAUAAUCGGAACUUAUGGAUAUAUGUCUCCAGAGUAUGCCUUCGAUGGAAAAUUCUCGGUUAAAUCGGAUGUGUUUAGCUUUGGAGUGCUCCUAAUGGAGAUUGUUAGUGGGAAAAGGAACAGAGGAUUCUACCAUCCAAGCCACCACCACAGCCUCCUUGGACAUGCAUGGUUGCUUUGGAAUGAACGCAGGGCAUUGGAGCUUAUGGAUGAUUCUUUAGCUGACUCCUCCAUUAUAUCUCAAGUAGAGAGAUGCAUACAUGUGGGUUUGUUGUGUGUCCAGAAAUUCCCUGGUGAUAGGCCAACUAUGUCUUCUGUGGUUUUCAUGUUAGCAAAUGAAGAAGCAAUAUUGCCACAUCCUAAACCGCCCGGUUUCUUCAUGGAAAGAAGUCCGACAAACUCAGGUGCAACUUCACCAAGAGAACUCCAUACGGACAAUCUCGUAACCAUAACAAUGCCAGAAGGAUUAAAUGCGAAUAUAGGAGAAAGAACUGUUGACAAAAAUAUGGUCUUCUCUUCGAAGAGUGUCGUUUGGUCUUCAAAUUCAUCGGGGAUGCUUAGGAAUCAGGUUGCUCAGCUUUUGGACUCGGGAAAUCUUGUUCUUAGAGGAAAUAGCAGUUCGAGUUCUGAGGAAUAUUCAUGGCAGAGCUUCAACUACCCAUCCGACACGCAAUUUGCCGGUAUGAACAUCGGGCGGAACUUGGCAACUGGUUUAGAGAGUUACCCGACUUCCCGGAGAAGCGCAGAUGAUCCCUCCCCCGGAGGCUAUAUGUUCAGACUAAGCAAUCGGGAGUUGCCACAAUGGGAAAUAGUCUCAACAGAUUCGGGAAUAAAGCAUCGGACGGGACCGUGGAAUGGAGUUCAAUUCGGUGGUGCUUCCAUGGCACCAAGUUCAUUCUCCCAGCUUGCACUAAUUUACAACGCGAGUGAGAUAUAUUUCGUCUACGAGCCUCUAUCAAAUGGAGUCAUUACGAGAGUCACUUUAAACCCGUCCGGAUUAGUACAACGUCUCAUGUAUAUGAAUGGGAGCGCUACAUGGGAUACCAUGUACUCGGCUCCAAAUGAUAUAUGUGACAAUUAUGCUGAGUGCGGUUCCAAUGGUUUCUGCAGAAUAAACGAGGCUCCGAUAUGCAAAUGCUUACAAGGGUACACGCCCAAGUCUCCGGAAGAAUGGGACCCCGUUAAUCGUUCUUCGGGCUGCGUGAGAAUACUAUCCCUUAAUUGUUCGAAAGGAGAGGGCUUCUUGAAACUCUCCGGGGUGAAACUACCUGACACGAUAGAUUUACGGUUGGACAAGAACAUGAGCCUCGACGAAUGCAAGGCCAAGUGCUUGAAGAAUUGUUCAUGUGCUGCUUAUGCUAAUUCGGAUGUUAAGGAGGAGGUAACAUUACGUAAUGUCCUCCAUUCUUCUCUAUCUAGAUGCAAUCUGAAGUACCAACAAGAAGAAAAGAUUGAUCAUCAUAGGGAUUCCAUCCAUUUUGGGACUGUUCAUUCAGGCCGCAGCAAUUUGGGUUAUUUACGGGAGAAGAAGAUCGAAAGAGAGAGCUCCUCCUUGACUUGGAAAAGAAGAUUUGACAUUGUUAUGGGAAUCGCACGAGGACUUCUGUAUCUACACCAAGAUUCGAAACUUCAAAUUAUUCACAGAGACUUAAAGGCAAGCAACAUUUUGCUGGACGCCAAGCUAAAUCCUAAAAUCUCGGACUUUGGCUUGGCCAGGAUCUUCGGUGGUGAUGAAAAAGAAGUGAAAACUAGAAGAGUGAUAGGAACCUACGGCUACAUGUCCCCGCAGUAUGCUUUCGAUGGGAAGUUUUCCGUGAAAUCUGACGUAUAUGGCUUUGGAGUGCUCUUAUUAGAGAUUAUAAGCGGCAAAAAGAAUAGAGGGUUCUCCCAUCCGAACCACCACCACAACCUUCUUGGGCACGCAUGGUUGCUUUGGAGACACAGCGGGGCCUUGGAACUUCUCGACAAAACAUUGUGCGAUUACGCCGACGAGCCUCAAGUAGAAAGAUGCAUCCAUGUCGGGUUGUUGUGCGUCCAAAAGUUCCCCCGAGACAGGCCGGCCAUGUCCAUGGUCGCUUCCAUUCCGGGAAGCGAAGGAGCGGUUCCGCCUCAACCUAAGCAACCGGGUUUCUUCAUGGAAAGAAGCACGGAAAACUCGAGUUCAGCUUCAACGGGAGAAGAUCAUUAUACAAACAAUUGGAUGAGCAUCACAAUGCCGGAAGCCCGGUAGACGCUCCAUCGUGCAUUAUUGAGGUUUCAUCCCGGACAUGAGAAAAACGUCACCCAAUUCGCAUUUCAAUGUCCUACAAUGUCAUUUCUGCAUGUCUAGAUUUUCUU